AUGGACCCUCUCCUAUCCGUUGCGGACGACACUAUUGCCUACGAGCGAACGCAGACCUCUCCAUCGAACCCUCCGGCUCGCCUCUGGGCCAUCGGCGACAUCCAUCUUUCGUAUAAGGGCAACCGCGAAGCUCUCGAGGAGCUCCAGCCGCGGCUGAAUGACGGUCUUAUCCUCUGCGGCGACGUAGGGGAGAGUGCGGACCACUGCAGACAAGCUUUCGAGAAAGCUACCUCAUGCUUCAGGCGCGUCUUUUGGGUGCCGGGCAAUCACGAGCUCUUCACCCUUCCGUCUGAGAGAGACCACGGUCUCCGCGGCGAGAAGAAAUACAUGGAAUGUGUGGACAUCGCACGCGAGUAUGGGAUAUGGACACCAGAGGACGACUUCACCAUCUGGGAAGGCGAGGGUGGACCAGCGCUCAUUGCGCCCAUCUUUACGCUGUACGACUACAGCUUCCGCCCGGACAACAUUGAGCUGAAGGAUGUGUUGGACUGGGCAAGGGAGGAGGACAUAGAGGCGACGGACGAGCACCUGCUGCACCCAGAUCCCUACCCCUCGCGCAUCGCGUGGUGCAAUGCGCUUCUCGAGAAGACCGAGAAGAAGCUCGAAGCCGCCGUCGCUGCGCAUCCAGAUAUGCCGCUCAUCCUCAUCAAUCACUGGCCGUUGCGUGAGGACCUGGUCAAGCUGGUCCGUAUACCACGCUUCUCGCUGUGGUGCGGUACCAAGAAGACGGAGGAUUGGCAUAACAGGUUCAAUGCAAAGGUUGUCGUGAGCGGACAUCUGCACAUAAGGCGUACGGACUAUAUAGAUGAUACGAGGUUCGAGGAGGUCAGUCUAGGUUAUCCAAGGCAGUGGCAGGAAUGUCAGGACAGAGGGUUGGACAUCAACGACCUCUUGCGCGACAUCCUCCCUGGGCCCGCAAUGCCCGAGGGCAAGAGAGAGACAAUUUGGCGGAGGUACGGCUGA